AUGUUUGAUGAGCAUUAUCCUGAUCCAGUUCGUGUAGUUUCUGUGGGUAUACCUGUGGAGGAAUUAGAAAAAAAUCCUGAUGGUCCGUCAGGUUAUGAAACAUCUGUAGAAUUUUGUGGAGGCUCCCAUCUUCACCAAACAGGCCAUAUAGGGGACUACGUAAUAGUAAGUGAAGAAGGAAUCGCAAAAGGUAUUCGAAGAAUUGUUGCUUUAACUGGCCCAGAAGCUAUUAAAGCACUUAAUAAGCUAAGCAUUUUAGAAAACGAAGUGAAUACUAUUGCCAAUUUUAUUAAGGAGAAGGGUGAUGAAAUUAAUCAAAAAGAUGUAGUGAAAAAGAUUGUAGAUUUAACGAACGAAGUCUCACACGCACAAAUAUCAUAUUGGAAAAAAGAAGAACUUAGGAACACGCUAAAAGGCUUCAAAAAGCAACUUGACGACAAAGAAAGAGCUUCAAAAGCUAUGAUAGUUACUCAAGUUAUUGAGAAGACUAAAGAAAUAUGUUUGGAAGAAAAGUCAUCUGAUGUUAUUGUCACAGAAUUGAAAGCUUCCGGAAACACAAAGGCUUUAGAUAGCGCACUAAAACAAGUAAAGCAGUUAUUGCCAAACACAGCUGCGAUGUUCUUCUCGGUAGACGAAGAAGCAGGUAAAAUUUACUGUCUCGCAGCUGUGCCCAAAAACUUAAACGACAAGGGAUUAUUGGCCUCUGAAUGGGUCCAAUCUAUUGUUGGCAUUAUGGGUGGCAAAGGUGGUGGUAAGGCAGAAUCAGCUCAAGCUUCAGGAAAUAAUCCAAAAUGUAUUAAAGAGGCCAUUCAUAAGGCCAAAGAAUUUGCAUUGUCAAAGUUG